ACAUGGGUAUACAGGGUAUACAAGGUAUACAGGGUAUACAGGGUAUAUAUGGGUAUACAGGGUAUACAAGGUAUACAGGGUAUACAUGGGUAUACAGGGUAUACAUGGGAAUCCAGGGUAUACAAGGUAUACAUGGGUAUACAGGGUAUACAUUGGUAUACAGGGUAUACACAGUAUACAUGGGUAUACAGGGUAUACAAGGUAUACCGGGUAUACAGGGUAAAGAGGGUAUACAUGGGUAUACAGGGUAUACAAGGUAUACCGGGUAUACAGGGUAUAGAGGGUAUACAUGGGUAUACAGGGUAUACAAGGUAUACAGGGUAUACAUGGGUAUACAGGGUAUACAUGGGUAUACAGGGUAUACAGGGAGCACAAGGGUAUACAGGGAGUAUAUGGGUAUACAGGGAGUAUAUGGGUAUACAGGGUAUACAUGGGUAUACAGGGUAUACAUGGGUAUUCAGGGUAUACAAGGUAUACAUGGGUAUACAGGGUAUACAAGGUAUACAUGGGUAUACAGGGAAUACAGGGAGUACAUGGGUAUACAGGGAGUACAUGGGUAUACAGGGUAUACAAGGAAUACAUAGGUAUACAGGGUAUACAGGGUAUACAAGGUAUACAUGGGUAUACAGGGUAUACAUACAGGGUACAUACAGUACAUACAGAGUAUACAGGGUAUACAUGGGUAUAAAGGGUAUACAGGGUAUACAAGGUAUACAUGGGUAUAGAAGGUAUACAUGGGUAUACAGGGUAUACAAGGUAUACAUGGGUAUACAGGGUAUACAAGGUAUACUGGGUAUACAGGGUAUACAAGGUAUACUGGGUAUACAGGGUAAACAUGGGAAUACAGGGUAUACAUGGGUAUACAGGGUAUACAUGGGUAUACAGGGUAUACAGGGUAUACAAGGUAUACAUGGGUAUACAAAGUAUACAUGGGUAUACAGGGUAUACUGGGUAUACGUGGGUAUACGUGGGUAUACAUGAGUAUACAGGGUAUAUAUGGAUAUACAGGGUAUACAAGGUAUACAUGGGUAUACAAGGUAUACCGGGUAUACAGGGUAUACAUGGGUAUACAGGCUAUAUAUGGGUAUACAGAGUAUACAUACAAGGUAUACAUGGGUAUACAGGGUAUACAGGGUAUACAUAGGUAUACAGGGUAUACAAGGUAUACAUCGGUAUACAAGGUAUACCGGGUAUACAGGGUAUACAAGGUAUACAUGGGUAUACAGGGUAUACAAGGUAUACCAGGUAUACAGGGUAUACAUGGGAAUACGGGGUAUACAGGGUAUACAUGGGUAUACAUGGUAUACAAGGUAUACAUGGGUAUACAGGGUAUACAGGGUAUACAGGGUAAACAGGGUAUACAUAGGUAUACAGGGUACACAUGGGUAUACAGGGUAUACAAGGUAUACAUGGGUAUACAAGGUAUACAUGGGUAUGCAGGGUAUACAAGGUAUACAUGGGUAUACAAGGUAUACAGGGGUAUGCAGGGUAUACAAGGUAUACAUGGGUAUACAGGGUAUACAAGGUAUACAUGGGUAUACAGGGUAUACAGGGUAUACAUGGGUAUACAGGGUAUACAAGGUAUACAGGGUAUACAGGGUAUACAUGGGUAUACAGGGUAUACAAGGUAUACAGGGUAUACAGGGUAUACAUGGGUAUACAGGGUAUACAGGGUAUACAUGGGUAUACAGGGUAUACAGGGUAUACAUGGGUAUACAGGGUAUACAGGGUAUACAUGGGUAUACAGGGUAUACAGGGUAUACAUGGGUAUACAGGGUAUACAGGGUAUACAUGGGUAUACAGGGUAUACAGGGUAUACAUGGGUAUACAGGGUAUACAGGGUAUACAUGGGUAUACAGGGUAUACAGGGUAUACAUGGGUAUACAGGGUAUACAGGGUAUACAUGGGUAUACAGGGUAUACAGGGUAUACAUGGGUAUACAGGGUAUACAGGGUAUACAUGGGUAUACAGGGUAUACAGGGUAUACAUGGGUAUACAGGGUAUACAGGGUAUACAUGGGUAUACAGGGUAUACAGGGUAUACAUGGGUAUACAGGGUAUACAGGGUAUACAUGGGUAUACAGGGUAUACAGGGUAUACAUGGGUAUACAGGGUAUACAGGGUAUACAUGGGUAUACAGGGUAUACAGGGUAUACAUGGGUAUACAGGGUAUACAGGGUAUACAUGGGUAUACAGGGUAUACAGGGUAUACAUGGGUAUACAGGGUAUACAGGGUAUACAUGGGUAUACAGGGUAUACAGGGUAUACAUGGGUAUACAGGGUAUACAGGGUAUACAUGGGUAUACAGGGUAUACAGGGUAUACAUGGGUAUACAGGGUAUACAGGGUAUACAUGGGUAUACAGGGUAUACAGGGUAUACAUGGGUAUACAGGGUAUACAGGGUAUACAUGGGUAUACAGGGUAUACAGGGUUAUACAGGGUAUACUGGGUAUACAUGGGUAUACAUGGGUAUACAGGGUAUACACGGGUAUACAAGGUAUACAUGGGUAUACAGGGCAUACAGGGUAUACAGGGUAUACAAGGUAUACAUGGGUAUACAUGGGUAUACAGGGUAUACAAGGUAUACAUGGGUAUACAAGGUAUACCGGGUAUACAGGGUAUACAAGGUAUACGUGGGUAUACAAGGUAUACCGGGUAUACAGGGUAUACAUGGGAAUAUGGGGUAUACAUGGGUAUACAGGGUAUACAAGGUAUACAUGGGUAUACAGGGUAUACAGGGUAUACAGGGUAUACAGGGUAUACAUAGGUAUACAGGGUAUACAAGGUAUACUGGGUAUAUCCCAUGUAUACAGGGUAUACAUGGGAAUAUGGGGUAUACAGGGUAUACAUGGGUAUACAGGGUAUACAAGGUAUACAUGGGUAUACAGGGUAUACAGGGUAUACAGGGUAUACAUAGGUAUACAGGGUAUACAAGGUAUACAUGGGUAUACAAGGUAUACAUGGGUAUACAGGGUAUACAAGGUAUACAUGGGUAUACAAGGUAUACUGGGUAUACAGGGUAUACAAGGUAUAGAUGGGUAUACAGGGCAUACAGGGUAUACAUGAGUAUGGACAUUCUAUUACUAUUAUAUGAAACACUAGGUCUAUUUGGCGUAAGCGUAACAUGAAAGAAUAACCGUGGUUUUGGACUGUCAGCGGCCAGGCCUGGUCAGCGGCUUUCGUAACAUGUGUUAUUUGGUAUAUGUAACAUACAUUGUACAGUCGUCCAACAUGGCCUCCAGUGGCUGUUGCAAGUGUAUGAUCGGUCCUUCCAUUCUCAACGCUGAUCUGUCCUGCUUAGCUGAAGAAUGCAACAAGUUGCUUGAAUGCGGAGCAGACUACUUGCAUCUGGAUGUAAUGGAUGGGUAAGAAAAGUAUAAUGAAAAAAAUAUAUAAAUUCUUGAACUUGAUUUGAGUGUAUUUCAGAGACCGCUCAAUGUAACUCUCAUAUGCUCCGGACAUUGGUAAAACAUAAGCUAACAGAUAAACAUACAUAAACUUAUUAACAUUCCCAUGCGGACUAUUCUGUGUUAAUUUACAUGUCUUGGAAAGGGAAAGAAAAAUUGAAAUAGUAAUAAAAACACAAAAUUAAUUAAAAAGAAAUUACUAUGACAAAUAUUAGGGGUGGCGAAUGGUAAAAUCCGAGACUCGCCGAGUCGCCGAGAUCCUAGUUAGAAAUCCGAGCCCGAGACCCUUUGGUGAAAUUUUCGAGACUCAAAAAAGUAAAAACAAACCAUGAAAAAACGAGACUUCGAGACUUAUCAAAAACGCUUCCGAGAUUUCGAGAUCCUGCCAAAAUUUUCCGAGACCCACGUUUUUCGAGGUACCAUUCGAACAGGGUAUACAAGGUAUACAUGGGUAUACAAGGUAUACCGGGUAUACAGGGUAUACAUGGGUAUACAGGCUAUAUAUGGGUAUACAGAGUAUACAUACAAGGUAUACAUGGGUAUACAGGGUAUACAGGGUAUACAUAGGUAUACAGGGUAUACAAGGUAUACAUCGGUAUACAAGGUAUACCGGGUAUACAGGGUAUACAAGGUAUACAUGGGUAUACAGGGUAUACAAGGUAUACCAGGUAUACAGGGUAUACAUGGGAAUACGGGGUAUACAGGGUAUACAUGGGUAUACAUGGUAUACAAGGUAUACAUGGGUAUACAGGGUAUACAGGGUAUACAGGGUAAACAGGGUAUACAUAGGUAUACAGGGUACACAUGGGUAUACAGGGUAUACAAGGUAUACAUGGGUAUACAAGGUAUACAUGGGUAUGCAGGGUAUACAAGGUAUACAUGGGUAUACAAGGUAUACCGGGUAUACAGGGUAUACAAGGUAUACAUGGGUAUACAAGGUAUACCGGGUAUACAGGGUAUCCAUGGGUAUACAGGGUAUAUAUGGGUAUACAGGGUAUACAAGGUAUACUGGGUAUACAGGGUAUACAUGGGUAUACAGGGUAUACAAGGUAUACAUGGGUAUACAGGGUAUACAGGGUAUACAGGGUAAACAGGGUAUACAUAGGUAUACAAGGUACACAUGGGUAUACAGGGUAUAUAGGGGGUACAUGGAUAUACAGGGAGUAUAUGGGUAUGCAGGGUAUACAUGGGUAUACAGGGUAUACAAGGUAUACAUGGGUAUACAAGGUAUACAUGGGUAUACAGGAUAUACAAGGUAUACAUGGGUAUACAAGGUAUACCGGGUAUACAGGGUAUACAAGGUAUACAUGGGUAUACAAGGUAUACCGGGUAUACAGGGUAUACAUGGGUAUACAGGGUAUACAGGGUAUACAUAGGUAUACAGGGUAUACAAGGUAUACAUGGGUAUACAAGGUAUACAUGGGUGUACAGGGAAAACAAGGUAUACAUGGGUAUACAAGGUAUACCGGGUAUACAGGGUAUACAUGGGAAUAUGGGGUAUACAUGGGUAUACAGGGUAUACAAGGUAUACAUGGGUAUACAGGGUAUACAGGGUAUACAGGGUAUACAGGGUAUACAUAGGUAUACAGGGUAUACAAGGUAUACUGGGUAUA